CAGGUGGUUUGGGUGAGCGGGGGAGGAAGAGCGAUGUACUGAUUCUGAAGACAGAAACAGGAGCUUGGCUGUUCAGUGUCCUCAAAAGUUUUGCCCACCUCGUGAGCGACAGAUUACCAAAUGAGUGAAGACAUGAUGAGGUAGAUACUGCUAACCGUAAUUGGUCCUAUGUGUUUGUUUGUUUCCCUGCACUCGGGGUUAUUCGUUGCUUUUCCCUGUCCCUCAGGUAAUGCUGGAGGAAUCUUCAACAUGGACACUGCCCUCGGCGUGAUCAGCCUCACCCGAACCCUGGCCGAGGCCCAGCCCCAGGAAUACCUGCUGCUGGUGCGGGCCACGGACCACGCCGCGCAGGCCCGCGCCGCCUCGGUGCCGGUCCGGGUCAUGGUGACCGCCUCGCAGAGCUCGCCGCCCUCCUGGCAGGGCAAUAAGCCACACGUGGAGGAGGUCGGGGAGUGGGUGGCGGUGGGCACGGCCCUGGCGCGCGUCACGGCGUCCUCACCGUCGGCCCUCCACUACUCGCUGACGGGCGGGAAUGAACACAGCGCCUUCGUCAUCAGCCCCGCCUCGGGGGUGGUCAGCGUGGCCACGCCCCUGGACUACGAAACCACCUCCUGGUACAACCUGACCAUCACGGCCACCAACCUGGCCGGGGUGUCCCGCAGCACGUGGCUGGGCGUGACGGUCCUCGACGAGAACGACUGGUGGCCGGAGUGGGAGCGACUUUCCUACCACGGCAGCGUCCUGCAGACCGCCGGCCGCGGCGCCCCCGUGCUGGCCGCCCACGCCCACGCCCAGGCCAGCCCCAGCCAGCUCACGGUGACCGCCCGGGACCGUGACCAAGGCUACAACGGCAGAGUGACCUACACCAUCGUGGAGAAGGACAUCACAAAGUUGUUUUCAAUCAACCGACACACAGGAGCUGUGUGGGUGUCUGGCAGCCUGGACACAGUGGCCGGCACCACGGUGAGGUUGAGUGUGUGGGCCACGGACGGGGGCAGCCCCCGGCGGGAGUGUGUGGCGCCCGCCCCAGUCUUCAUCACGGUGAGGGAGGUGAAGGCUGCCCCAAUGGCCUUCCCCAAGACCCACUACUCAGCCGUCCUCUACCUGCCAACCUACCCUGGUGUGAGGGUGUUCUGCCUGGGCCGGGAGGAGCAGCCACGCCACCACGUGGAUGUGAAUGAUAUCACCGAUAUUUCAUAUUCCAUCGCUGCCGGUGACGACAGAGAAAACUUUGUGUUUGACAAUGUGAGCAAGUGUGUCAAGGUCCAGGACCAGUACAGCCUCAAGCCUCAGUACAACCUCACCCUCCAGGCCAGCGACGGGGCCGCCUCGUCCACGGCAACAGCAGAGAUUAUAAUUGAAGAAGCGCCGCUGUCUACUCUGGUCUUCACUCAGGACCAGUACUGGGCCAACGUCAUUGAGAACUCCACUAAGGAGAUGAAUGUUGCUGCCCUGGGAGUGAAGGGUCAGCCGCUCAACCAUCACGUCCGCUACUCAAUUCUCAACCCAAACAUUAAAUUUGAAAUCCACCCGACCGCUGGCGUCAUCAAGACCACCGGCAAGUCCUUUGACCGGGAGGCAGAGGACCACUACACGCUGGUGGUGGAAGCGCAGGACAUUGAGGGCACAGCAAACGUGACCCGUGUGCUGGUCCACGUGGCGGUGAUGGACGUGAAUGACAACGAGCCGGUGUUCCUCAACCAGCCCUUCCACGCCCUGGUGUCCACCGUGUCUCCGCGCAGCCAUGUGGUCACUAAGGUGCAGGCAAUAGACGCUGACUCUGGGGAGUUCGGAAGUGUCCGCUACGAGCUGGUGCGAGGCAGCGGUGAGCUCUUCGCCGUGAAUAAGAAGACGGGUGAAAUUUCCCUGAAGCAGACCCUGAUGGCGGCCGACAAGACCUACAGCCUCACCGUUGCUGCCUACGACGGGGGAAAGCCUCCCCUCAGCUCACAGGCCCAUGUCCUCAUAAGGGUGGUGUCUUCUGAAGGGCCAAUGUUCACCGCCGCACGGUACGAGGCAGCCGUGCCAGAGAACGCCGCCAAGGGCACGCCCGUUGUAAGGGUGGAGGCCGCUAGCCCUUCCGGGGAGCCCAUCAUGUACACCAUUGUGGCCGGCAACACUGAGGAGCUGUUCGGCCUCGACUAUUCCACAGGUGGGGGCACCAUGGCAGGCAGCAGCAAGGCCUUUAGUGGCAGUGGCUCACCUUGCCCAGAGCACACCAGUAUUAGUGAUGACACAUGCCUUGUUGAUCUUAGAGUCACACCACCACUGAAAUCUUACUAACACAUGAGCUGCCUCACUGAUGUUGACCUUGAGAGGUGUGUAGGUAAGGUAAGAGGCAGAGGGAGGCCCGGCGUGCCAGCCGUCCAGAGUGAGAACUGUUGGACACUUGCUAACUCUUAUAAAUCAUAGUUGUUCCACCAUACCUUGGACCACUUCAUUGUGAUUGGCCUUAACAUGAGUGUCAAUGAGUAGUGCAACCAGUAACACGAGUUUCCCAGCUGCUAAUAACUGUGACCUUGCAAAAUUAUCUGCCACUGACAGAAGCUUUCUUCCUCCUCCAUGGGGAAGGGACAAAC